AUGUUCUUUAAACGUAAUGCAGAAUCAAAACAGGAGCAUUCCAAAUGUCAUUUUAAUGGUCAUUGUGAAAUUAAUAGUCUUAACCGUCAUAUUUGUUCAUCUUGUCGACUUGCUAAAUGUUUUAAAAGUGGAAUGCAAAUUCAGAUGCUUCGUUCGUCGAGAAUAAGAAAGAACAAAACAAAACGAAAAAUAAAAGAGACUGAAAUAUUGGCUAUUUUAACAACGUUAGACGACACAAAUCGAAAACAAAACGUGCUAACUUCGAAUCGAGUACAAUCCGCUCAACCAACACUCAGCAUCAAUGAUUGGAACCUAUUGUCAAAUUUGACUCAAUGUUAUGAUGAGCUUAGUGGAUUUUCAUUAGUUCAAGAUUUUAUGCGAGAACAAAACAGUUUACCUCCGAAAACACGCUACAAAAGAACACCAGUCAGUCAACUUAUUCUAUCGCUCAUAUGUCGAUCUCAACUAUUUUACGAAAACAAUACCCAUUUUAUUUCCGUAUGUUCACAUGAUCGUUCGAUUUUAGUUCAUAACAGCAUGAAAUAUAUCGGAAGUCUUGGUGCAUGUUUUAUCAUACUACAUAAUAAUGAUUUACUAAAUAAUUUAAUCUUCUACAAAUCUGCUGAGAAUUUCUAUCGAUUCAAUACAUUAGCUAGCACUGUUCGUAUACUUAAUCAACUCGAUUUUGACAGUACCUUUUUAAAAUUAGCACUUGCAAUACUGGUGUUCUCCACAUUUAACUAUACAUAUUACAAUAAUCUCGCUCCGGUUGAAUUGCUUGACAUCAAGACAAUCCUACAUAUUCAAAAUAUCUAUGCUGAAUUAACAUGGGAAUAUUUGACCUGUAAAUAUAACCAUAAACAAGCUGUGAUGUAUAUUUCUACGUUUAUACGAUGUCUUUUCUUUUUAAAUGAUGCGAUCAUCGACGCGAUUGAAAUUAAACAAUACAAAGAUAUGAUUGAUUCAGUUAUUCAACAAGCUAAAGAGACCAUCAAAUUAUAUGAAUGA